GUUGGCGGCGAGUGACGUCACACGGGCGGGCGUUGUCGUGGCAACCGACGGGCGCCAUGGCGGAGAUGCCGCCACCGCCACUGCCGCCCGUGCGCGGCAUGGAGGCGAGAGACGGCGGCGCUCUGAGCGAGCGGCAGCAGCGGCAGCUCGAGACCCUCAAGGUCCGAACCCGCAUUGAGGAUGAGCGCUACCUGCGUUCGCACUCCGAGAUACGGAUCCUGCUCAUGGCCUUCCUGAAAGAGGUAUUCCUGAAAAAGCCCGAGGACGUUCGAGAGUUUGCUGCAGAAUUCUUCAACGACCCUUCACUACCCGCCCACAUCCGAGACGUCGGAGAGAAGAAGGAACGUUUAUAAUAUCGUCGCUUGCGUCACAAGCACGGAGCUCCAUCUCCACACAAUCUCGGACGUGGACGGUGCCAGCGCAGGGGGUGCUGGGCAGUCUGGUCUGGCCAGCCGGUGUGCUGCAGUCAGCACCUGUAAAAACUAAAACUAUUCUUUAUUUGCCAGGUAAGGCCCACUGAGCUAUGUAGCUCCUUUUCAGAUGCAACCUGGUCACAUUAUAGUUCAACUAAGUGGCUUAUCGCAGCCAAAUACUCUCAACGUGUAUUUCUAAAUGUGGAGGGAAAAACUGGAAGACCCGGGGAAAAAUCAAUGCGACCACGCAAAUUAAAUAUACAACAGGCGUCAGGGAUGGGGAUCGAGCUCACAACCUCCUGUAUACCAGGCGAGGUAGUUAACAUCUCGUCACCACGGCACACCUGUGUGUAACACCUCUGGUGUGCAGUGUGAUCCUUGAGCAGGGCCUUUAGUCUAAUUCCAGAGACAUAACAAAAAUACAUUUUCAACACUAUCCGUCCGCAAGAGCCAAUCUGAAGGUUCAAUGUCUCCAAGAUAUAUUGUGCAAACAAUACAGCUGUUCUGAAGUUUGACGUUUGUCACCCAUAGUGUCCAUUUUAAAAGUAGUAGUAGCCAUUGGCUCAGCGAGUCUGCUUGAACCUGACACACAACUGAAUGGGCGAACACCUGCACAGACAUCAACAGGUCGGCUGUUUGGUGUGAAAUUCCACGGUGUGGCUUUCAGCGUGAAAUGAAAAUAAACAAUAACUUAGAA